UUCCUCACCUGAUGGCAAUCAUACCAGCAGCAUUUAUGACCUGCGCACUCAACUGGUCUUCGCCAGAUUAUCUGCCAACUUUAGUCAGUUCUCGGCCUCACGUCUGUUCCUUGGUGACUCAUCGUGUAUAUUAACCUUAUUUCUUCUGUUUUCUCGUCAGCCUCUGAAACCCACCUACCAAGCUCUCCUGGAUACAAGUUUGCAGCCGCCGGUAAUCUCUCCCCUUUUUUGGAACUGCCAGUCUCUCCUGCCUGCCUCCCUGCAUUGCACGCAGCACCCACCUGGACCUCUCCUGCCUCCCCCCUCCACGCAACCCCCACCUGCAAGCUUUGCCCUGGCCAGCCACAGUUUCCCCUGCCCAGUCCCUGCACCCAGUUAUCCCUGCCAUCUAGUCAUAGUCAUAGUCGCAGUAUUUUCUCUCGCCUCAGACGUCUAGUUUAUGUUCCUUAAUUCUAGUCUGAAAUUUUUGUUAGCCUCUGAGCAUUGUAAAUAAAGACUCUUUUCGUUACACCGCACCUCUGGCCUCCGGGUUUGAAACUGCACUUGAGUCCAUCCCAUUUCCACGGGCCACUGUGCCAUGACAGACACAGGUUGGAGGCAGUCAGAUUUUUUCAGUGUCGUUCUUUAACGAGUUACUCAAUCAGCUGUAGCAGUACUAUGAAUGUUUGCUUGGGAUGUCAUCUUACUGGGCUAAUGCUGUUUUUAUAAAUGCACCGACACAUGUUGAUGAAAACUUUUUAGUAAACUACAGCUGGAUUGGUGUUUUGCUUUUUCAGUUUUUCUGCAGUUCACUCCUCUGCUCCAUCUCAGGUUGACCUGUCACUGAGGCCCCUCCUCCCUCCCCCUCUGAAGUCACCACAGUAAGGUGUGUAUGAAUGUGUGUGUUGUGAGAGAGAACGCUUAUUUAAAGGGCUACCUCUCUCUCGCCAGGCGAUCGACACCAGCUCAGCAUUGUCAUUUUACCGCCUGCUGCUCCUUCCAGGGAAUAACGUGUGAACAGUCUGAACAGUUUUCCUCAGAGACGUCUGCUGAAGAAACAGUUUUAUACUGAGCUUGUUGCAGAAAUGCCUCAGCUGUCUGUGCUGCUGCCUCUGACAGGCCUUUUCUUCCUGCUCUCCUUAGUACUUGGCUCAGAAGUUAGUGUGCCCUAUCCAGUGACCUGUACAACACGUGGAGCAGACCUGACCCAGGACACCAUGGUGGUUUUAUGUCCACCACAGUGCACACAGUGGAGGAUGUCUGUGUUUGGGACAGGAGUCUAUGCUGCUGUCUCAUCCAUCUGUGCAGCUGCAGUCCACAGAGGUAUCCUGGGCCCAGCUGGGGGCCCUGUUAGGGUUCAUAGGCUGCAGGGACGGCACAACUACAUCAGCUCAUAUGCCCACGGUAUACACUCACAGGCCCUGUCUCACUGGACCGCCUCCUUCAGCCUCACCAAGCCCAUUAAUGUUCCACAGGAGCUGAUCAGCGAGACCAGCACCACAGCUCUUCCUGCAGCUGCGCGACCAGUAAAGAAACUGCUGAAGAAGCCAUCAGUGAAAAAAGCCCUGGCAGGUGGGAAUAAAGAUUGUCAGAUGGACAUUGCGAUGGUGAUUGACAGCAGCAGCAAUAUUGGGCAGCGGAGGUUUAACCUGCAGAAGAACUUUAUUGCCAAACUGGCGGCUAUGCUAAGAGUCGGACCAAUAGGACCUCAUAUUGGUUUAAUACAGGCCAGUGACUCUCCCAGGACAGAGUUCCUACUGACUAACUACACUCAACCUAAAGAGCUGUUGUUUGCUAUUAAGGAGCUGGCCUACCUAGGAGGAGACUCCAAUACAGGUAAAGCCAUCAUGCAUACAGCAGAGACCUUUUUCUCUCAGGAGAAUGGAGGGAGAAGGGGUCACCCCCGGGUGAUGAUGGUGUUAAUUGAUGGCUGGCCAUCUGAUGACCUGGACCAGGCGGCCAUGUUGGCCAGAGAGAGUGGGAUCAAUGUCUUUCUGGUGUCUGUCGCCAAACCAGCACCUGAGGAGCUCAGCAUGGUUCGAGACAAAGACUUCAUGAAGAAGGCUGUGUGUAAAGACAACGGUUUCUUCAGUUAUCCAAUCCCCAGCUGGUUCAGCACCACCAAACACAUCAGACCUCUCAUUCAGAGACUCUGUUCACUAGACGGCCUGCUCUGUAGUAAAACCUGUUACAAUUCUGUGAACAUCGGCUUUCUCAUCGAUGGUUCAUCUAGCGUUGGGGAUGGAAAUUUCCAACUUGUCCUGGAAUUCCUAGCAGGAAUUGCAAGAAGCUUUGAAAUCUCAGAUGUGGGAGCUCACAUUGGUGCAGUGCAGUUCACCUAUGACCAGAGGUUAGAGUUUGGCCUGUCUGACUACUCAAACAAGGACGAUGCCAUCAAUGCUCUGAGAAGGAUCUCUUACAUGAGUGGAGGAACAUCGACCGGUUCAGCCAUAAGCUACACCACUCAGAACCUGUUCAGACGAACAGGACCGGGUCGCAAUUUUCUCAUAGUGGUGACAGAUGGUCAAUCAUACGAUGACGUCAGAGGCCCAGCAAUGGCUGCACAUAAGCAAGGCAUUACCAUCUUCUCAGUGGGCGUGGCGUGGGCACCCCUGGAUGAUCUCAAAGCGAUGUCAUCAGAGCCAAAGGACAGCCACACUUUCUUCACCAGAGAGUUCAGCGGCCUUUCUGAGUUUAUCCCACUAGUGGUCCGAGGCAUUUGCAGAGACUUCACUGAGAAUAACUGAGAACACACACAAGGGUUUGCAUUUCUUUAUUUGUGAGGACCCUUACCUUGUCGUUCAUCCUCAUUAGAAAGUACUGAUUAAAGUCACAUGAACGACCAUUACAUUCACAUAAACACUCUCAGAACAACACGCGUAUCUACAGUGACAAACGUUUCUACAGCAACAUCUUUUAUAUAUCUUAUUUCUUAUAUUCUUUUACACUGUGUACUCAGACAUGUAAAGAAACAGAUAUAUUUAAGGACAAUGGAUUUUCCUACACAAAGUGUCCAACACUUGAUUUUUUUUUUGUGUGACUACAACCACUUAUUUAAAUUUAUAAUCUCUAUUAAAUCAAUUAUGUUACCUGAACUGAUUUGCUCCAACCAACACUUAACAGCAUACUUUAACUGAUAUUGUUUGCACCUAAAGUAUGAAAACCCCACCACCUAUUUACUACAAGAUAUAGCUCUCUAUGACAUUCACAGUUCUCCAUAAACAGUAGUAACAGUAACAGUAGUUCUAAUUGGCUCUCAUUUAAAAGUCUAAAAGUGAAAUGCGCCUUUGUAGCUUACCGAUCUCAAAUCAUAUUCUCUAAAAUAAAUCAUGAACAUCCUCCUAGCACAUAACAGUGCAAUGAUUCAAAGUUUCACGAGCUAAAUAAUGACUCAAUGCCUUAAAAAUACACUUCUUAUAAAACUUGCCAUUAGCUAAACCCGUCAUAAAUUCAAUAACAUAUAUACAUCUGUAUAUAUACUGUACACAUUUAUUUUCAAAUACAGAAAACACAUUAAUGUACAUAAAGGUCUCUUACACAUUAAAAUAUUAUUUCUAUUUAAAAUUUUCAACAAGCUGUUGGAAAAUCAUUCAAAAAUCAACUAAUUAAUAACAAUAAUUAGUUGUCUGUAUGACAUUACUGACACAAUAUCAGUAACUCCUCACAAUGACAAGUCCAAUCUGAAGCCAUAACCAUUACAGUGUGUAGCUAUAAAUAAAAUUAAAUUUUAAAAAAGCUAUAUGAAGGCAGAAAACAACAUGAAAGAAAAUUGCUAAACAAUCUUUGAUCAGGUAUGAUUGUUUAAGAAAAAUGCUAGCUUUGUGCUAUAAAAGUUUUAAAAUAGGUUUUAGCCAUGGAGGGUAUAAGGAAUAUAUUCAUAAUCCAUGGAAUACAUUAAAUGAGGCAUUAUAAUACAUUUUGAGCCCAAAAUACAAUCCCCAUUGUUAAUUUACAUGAAAUAGGCCUUAUAAUUCUGAGUAAAAAAAUACUUUUCAAAUGUUACUUUGUAAAUAUGUUUUUUAUAUAUAUCACGGGUAAUCCACUAACAGUAGUUUGUACAUUCAUGUUUAUAUCACAAAGCUGCUAAGAGAUUAUUCUGGAAUAUUUUCUAACAGCUAACAGUUUGUAGACAGAGCAGCUCUCCUGAUGAAUGUUUGUCUUGAAAAGCUUGCCGGGGGUGAAAGCUUUGCACAGCAGUCAUUUCCUGCAGGAAGGUGUAUAAAAUCCUCUAGUUU